AUGGACAAAUUAAAUAGAAAUGAUAUAAUUAGAAUAAAUGUUGGCGGAAAAAUUUAUAUGACUACACUUAAAUUAAUUUGUCGAUACAAAAAUUCACAUCUAUAUAAAAUUGUUUUUGAAAAGUUAAAAGAAAUACAAGAUUAUGCUACAAAUGAUUUUAAUAAGAGAGAAAUAUUUAUAGAUAGAAAUGGAAAUAGAUUUGAAUACAUUUUAGAUUUCUUAAGAGAUGGUGUUCUUAUAUGUGAAAAUGAUAUUAACCUUUUAACAAGGAUACUAAUAGAAGCAAUAUAUUUUAAAUUAUUUUCUUUAAUUAAAAUUAUAAAAAAAAAAAUUUCUUUGUUAUAUUCAAGUAUGGAUAGUAUUAUAAAUAAAAAAAUUUUAAAAAGUAUUAUUAAUUCAAUAGAAAAAAAGGGAAAAGUAAAAACAGUUAGAUUGAAAAAGUUAACAGAGGAUGUUUCUGAACAUAGUGAGUUAAAAUAUUUUAAUUUUAAAAAAAAAAAAAAACAUCGUAUAAAUUUUCUAAAUACUGUUAAUGUUGUAAAUGACGUAGAAAAAGAAAAUAGCAACUUAAACGAACAUUUAGAUGAUAAAAUAAAUAUAAGAAACAUGAAUACCAUAAAUUCAACAGAAAUUUAUAAAAACAAAGACGAAAUAAUGUUUAAUAAGAGUGUGAAUUUUGAAGAGAACAUUACGAAUAAUGAAAAUAAUAUAAUGAAUAUGAAUAUUAAAAAAGAUGAAAAAAAUAGUAGUAAUGGAAUAUUGUAUAUGAAUAAUGCAAAUACAAGUGAUGAAUAUAAUAUAACAAAUAAUUAUUUAAAUAAAGGAGAAAAAAUAUAUAAUAAAAAUUAUAUUUAUAGAAAUUAUUUAAAAAAUGAUAAUAAAGAAGAUAAUUUCAUACCAUUAGAAAAUAAGAAAUUAAAAAAUAUAGAUAGUAAAUCUGUUUCUUUUUCUGAAAAUAAUAAAUUUUUUUUAUAUAAUAAUAAUGAUAUUUCAGCAUUUAAUGAUGAUGAUCAAAUAAAUGAAAAUUUUAGGAAAUUUCAUUAUGAUAUUAAUGAUACAAAUCAUACAAAUUAUAAUAAUAAUAAUAAUUACAAACAUAAUAACAUAAAUAAAUCAAAAAAUCAUAUUUUAGUAUAUUCGGAAAUAGAUGACGUAGAAGAAACAUCACAUUUUCCAAUUGUAUCAAAUGUAAAUUUAGGAGAACAAAUAUUUAGUACAACGGUUGAUUUUUAA